AUGGCCAUCGACAAGAUCGUCAGCGAGCCCACCCUCAACGCCGUCCUCCAGACAUCGGACCAGGCCCGCGACCAGGCCGACGCCGUCCUCCGCCUCACCGAUCAGGCCCGCGACGGCCGCCCCUCGGCCGAGCUGCAGGCCGAGAUCGCCAAGCAGCAGAAGCAGCUCUUCACCAGCAUCUCCCACCUGCGCGGCCUGCACCGCGCGGCCUGCGUCGCCGCCCGCGAGACAAAAGCUCUCACCUCCGAAGGCCGACAGGAGGUCGACCGCCUGCACCUGCAGCUCCAGAACCUCUACUACGAGCAGCGCCAUCUCCAGGGCGAGAUUGCCGCCUGCGAGUCCUACGACCACAAGUACCAGCAGCUGCCUCUCAUCCCCGUGGAAGAGUUCCUCGCCCAGCAUCCUGAGCAUGCCAACGAUGAUGAGAACGAGCUCAUGACGGCGCGUAUCGACCACGAGCGGGCGGAGCGCGAGGCCCUCGAGCAGCAGCGCCAGGAGCUCCUCAAGCGCAAGCAGAAGCUUAUUGCGGACAACAAGCGCCGCAAGGACGACCUCGCCAAUCUGGACCACGAUCUGGAGAAGUUUAUUGACGCGGCGAAACCCAUCAUGGAGCUGUUCGAAAAGGCUCCAUGA